CCCCUCCUUGGAACCCGAAGACCCGGACCCUAAAUCACCGCCCAAAUCCUAGCCCUUCAUCUCCUCUGGCAGUUCACGCUUUUUCACACGGCCAAAAUCUGCCCAAAUUAAAAAUUACUGAUCUUUUCUUUAUUUUCCCCCAAAACCUUCUGCGUGAGCUUUUUCCUCUUCAACCCAAAACCCCAAGGAGAAGAAGACCCAGCAUCAGCAGCAACAGCCAUGAGUACUAUGAAAUUCUGCCGUGAAUGCAACAACAUAUUGUACCCGAAGGAAGACAGGGAUCAGAAGAUCCUGCUCUAUGCUUGCCGCAACUGUGAUCAUCAGGAGGUUGCCGAUAACAAUUGCGUCUAUAGAAAUGAAAUAACUCAUGAUGUCGGUGAACGCACUCAGGUCCUACAAGAUGUAGCAGCAGAUCCUACUCUUCCUCGUACAAAGACAGUACGAUGUGCUGUAUGCAAUCAUCCUGAAGCUGUGUUUUUUCAGGCUACUGCUAGGGGAGAAGAAGGUAUGGCACUAUUCUUCGUGUGCUGCAAUCCGAGCUGUGGUCAUCGAUGGAGAGAUUAAAGGCCAUCUCUGUCUGGCACUUUUGUUUUGAAGCUGACUGUUUAGGUCUCUGUGAUCUUUCAAUAGAAGCAGACUGUUUAAAUGCUAAUUAGCUCUCUUUGUAAUAGCUAAACACAAUUCAAGCUUUAUAUUAGGCCAUUGUGCACUUCCAGCUUUAGGCUCCUUUGAAAAUUUGUUUAACUGUUGAAUUUUGCGUACAAUCGUGGGCAAAGUUAUGCAAGGUUUCGUAAACACCUUGGAUUGUUCUC